AUGGCCUAUGUACCGAAAGGGAAGCCCGAUAACUAUUACAGUCAUAGAAGAGGUUUAGGCUAUGUCUCCUCAUCCGACGAUGAGUGUUGUUGGCAGGUCAUUGAUCAGAUUGCUAAUAAAGUGAAGAAGGUCCAAGUGAGUGUUACGUUUUGUUGGAUUGCAUUGCAGGAGAUCCAAGCGAUGUCUAAAAAUAUUAACAGGAGGUUAUUCGAAGCUAACCCCAGUCAAGACCAAUCCACUGAGGAAGAGCCUCAGAGUUCAGGAGAGAUGUCAGGUGAGGGUGAGGAAGAGCCGACUCACAUGCCAUUAUAUGCAGAUCCUCCAGUUAUACUUCGAGCAUACAUUCCUGGGAUUGAGCGCGGGCCCUUACCAGCAUGUGCAGAGGGGUACAGACUCAAGCAGACUGAAAAAUACAUGCUUGCGAAAAAAAGAUUGGAUGAAUGGGCCCCACAGAUUGAGGAGAUUUUGUCUGAUGCAAACAAUGAAAUCAGACAAAGAUUUGGUGAAAAACUUUACCAGAAGAAAGGACGCCAAGGAAGUGACUUUAAAAAAAAGUUACCACCGGAUGAGGAGUGA